UUAACCUCUUACUAAUCUGUAUUUUUAAUUAAAUCUGGAUUCCUUUCUUUAUUUGUGUACAUGACUAACGUUCUUAUAUCAUAGUUGCUCCCAGCUGCGGAUGUACAUAGUUAUCUAUGUAAACAUACAUCACUAGAUGACUUCGGAAUGUAAAUAUUAAAGCAAUGCUCAUCGACCAACACUGUUGACAUAUUGAAUCUGAAAGAAAUAAUAAUAGUAACGUUUCUAUAAUGUUUCAUGGUGAUAAUUACAUUGCAAAUAUUAGAAAUUUUUGUUUAUGUAUGUGGUACCAUUCUGCGUUUCAGGUAAUAUGUAUAAGGACAGUUGUUAAAGUUUACAAAAUGGCGCAGUUUUCAACUUUACUCUGUAGAAAAUACCCAAUAUUCUAUAAAUACUUUUACCGGGAUACCAUUUGUUUUCCUUAUGUAGCUAUCUGGGACAGACGUUAAGUGCUAUAAAGUCUUGUUUAUGAUUGUGGUAUCAUUCUGCGUUUCAGGUUAUGUGUAUAGGGAAGACUGUUAAAGUUUACAAAAGAGCAGUUUUUAACUUUUAAAUGUAGACCUUUUCAACUAUUCUAUUAAUAAUAGUAACGGGAUACCAUUGGUUUUGUUUAUAUAGCUAUCUGGGACAGUCUUCAAGUGCUAUAAAGUUUUGUUUAUGAUUAUAACAUUGCGUAUAUUAAAACGUUUUAUGUACGUGGUAAGAGUCUCCGUUUAAGGUUAUAAGUAAAAUGAAAGAAAACUUUUCAAGUACACAAAAGGGCGCAGUUUUCAACUUUCAAAAAUGUAGAAAAUACCUUCUUUCCUAUAAAUAAUAAUAUUAUACAUUAAUAAUUAAUGGGAUACCAUUUGUUUUCUUUAUAUAGCUAUCAGGGACAGGCGUCAAGCGGAAAACCUGGUGCGUAUUUUUAUUGAUUUAACAACGAGACUUUUAAAUAUCAUUAUAAAAUACUACAUAAAUGAAUGAAUAAAUUAAUUAAUUAAUAAAUAAAUGAAUGAAUGAACGAAUUAAUAAAUGAAUGAUCGAACGGACGGACGGACGCACGCACAAACGAACGAUCGAACGCAGGAUGAAUAAAUAAAUAAAUAAAUAAAUAAAUAAAUAAAUAAAUAAAUAAAUAAAUAAAUAAAUAAAUAAAUAAAUAAAUAAAUAAAUAAGUUAAUCAAUGGGUAAAUAAAUAAAUCAAUGGGUUAAUAAAUGAAUGAAUGAAUGAAUGAACGAACGCACGAACGAACGAACGAACGAACGCAUACAAAAAAUAAUAAGAUUCAUUUUCAGUUAUGACCAGUCUGAUGAAGAGGACGAAGAGGAGUCUUUACGACUAAUUAAACGUCCAAAAACAACAAGCCUAUCAGAUAUGGACUUGUCAAAACAUAUAGCUUGUGUACUUAUAAUUAAAAUCAACUAAAAUAUAUAAAAUUGAACUCGAUUUUUCUAGUUUUAUUUUGUUCGAAGUAUUGUAGUCACAUUGUCGUCUACGUACACUGCGGGCAUUAUAUAAACAUUUGCAUAACAAUUAUUAUUUAAAUGCUUUCGAACGGUUACAUAUAUGUUUUUGUAUGUCCAUAAGCAGAGGCGAAAUCAAACCCACGAACUCCUUCGAUCUCAAUCCCCAAAAAUGCCCUAACGCCGUUCUCGGAGUCUGGUUACGGUGCAUCGAAUUUCGGCAUAUCUCCCGGCACAUUUUCCAAACAAGAUUCAUCUGUGGUUCAGCCUGCAUCGAACGGGUACAGCUCGGGUAUAGAUACGUCCUAUUCCAAAGAUUUGCCUACAUAUUUUGAUGUAAAUGAUAUUGAAGAGAAAUUCCUGCGCCAUUGGAAGGACAUAGAAGAUGAAAUUGAUCCACUAGCGAUCAUUGAUCAGCUUCUCGCAAAGUUUGUUCUCUCAUUUGACGAACAUGAAAAUAUCAAAAACAUAGAUUUUAAACCGGAUAAAAUGUUAUGUCUAUGCGAGUAUGUCCUUCGAAAGCAAUGGAAAGCAUCUGGUGUAUUUUGCCAAACCCUGAAGGAAGAGCCGAUCUAUUCACACAUUGCGGAUAAAUUGAUUUCAGAACAUAGAGGUAGAAAAACGCCAAAAGAAGGAAGAUCGAGCGAAAACAUUGAUUUUCGAGGAAGAGUAAAAUUCAUUCGACGACAAAAUACACAUGACAUCGGAACGUUUAAAUGCAUCUGCUUGAAAGAUCAUUUUUGAUUGUUUUAAAUACUAUGCAAUAGUUGAUUGCACGGAAUGACAUUGUUUUUUGAUUCCACAUAUGUUUUCUUUACUUAUUAUUAUACUUUGAUUUUAAAGGUUAUGGAGUGAGCGAAAUAACAUAUGAUUUGGGAUCAAAAGAAUUAGAAAUGAUGAUAGUCGAAGACUAUUCGGAUGACGAUGAACAUCUGCAUGCAGAGGCGAUGGACUUAGGAUUUGAAGUAGAAGAAGUCAAGUUCCCAAGCAUCAAUAUAAAACUUUCUAGUCUUUCAUGCCAAUCACAAGCUGAAUUUCUUCGGCGUUUGAAAGAAUCUAAUGAAUUUGUUGGCAAGAUUUUAAAGGCUGUUUUAAAGAAGAAGCAUUUGAAGAAAUUGCGAGAAGCUAAGGUUUCCAAAAUACCGUUUAGAUUAACUUUACAGUGGCCAAAACCAGAUCAGGUUAAGUGCUUAUGCAUCCUGAAAAAGAGCACAUUGUUGAACACUUUACAAAGAUAGAAGGGAGCCUAAAGCAUGCUGAUGAAAUCUCAAGAGCCUUUGGUGCAUUCGAAGAAUUUCCAGAAGAAAAAAGAAACGAAUUAUUGAGUAUGAAAACUAACGAAAAUCACAGUAAAGCAGAUGCGCUUCUGCGAACGAUUUUAGACGGUAACACAACAUAUCUAUGUCUACUGGAAAGGGAACUAAGGAAUCAUGGCUAUAACGAUCUUCUCAAGGAUAUUACCUCCCCUGCUCAACAAUUACAAACAGAUAAGAUUUCAGUAGAGUAUCUUGAAAGUCAUAAAGGGUUGCUUUUAGAAGAAAUUGAACCAAGAAGAUUUUUAGGGAUAGUAGCUGGCUUAGAGGGUUCAGAUGAAGUCGUGGAGACGAUAAUGAACAAGAGUUUGUUGAGACGACAAAGGUGCAACGCGCUUAUUGAGUUCAUAAAGAAAAAGAAUGCAAUGAAUGUCUUUGUUCAGGAGCUUAAAAAUAUCGGUCGCUGAGAAAUUCACAGUCCAGAAGAUUGACUCGCAAAGAAGGAGAGAAGCCAUUAUUUUUUCAUCGAAAGACAUUGUCAAUGAAAUCGAACCGAGUCGAUAUAAAACAUAUUUCAGAUCUUUUGAAAGUAGCCAUUCAAUGGACGAUACAUGUAGCCGCCAAAGCCGACGAGAGCGUUCUUUGUUUUUCUUGAAAUGUCUAACGAAAGGAUCCGACGAAUUAAUUAGUGACUUUAUCAGCGCCAUGGAAAUACUAGGUUAUGACAGUUUGCUACAAACGAUUAAAGAACGUGCAGAACAAUACAAGGAUUGUCCAAGACUUGCUCAAAGCAUGCGUGGAAACAGUAACAUAGUUGCAUGUGGAAAUAUAACUGUCCUUUAUAACGAAGAAACAGAACAGAACUGUCCAUUCAAAAUCUAUGUGGAUUUAAAAGCAAAUCUGACGGAAAGUGGUGACGAAAGUAGCGAACAUGAACAUGAUGAGGAAGAUUUCCCGUCAAAAAUCACAAGGAUUAAAGAUUGGGUUAUUAAACAAAUACAAGAGAGAAAACGUAAACACGAAGAUACUAGUGGAGAGGAACCUUUGGAUGAUAUUUCUAUGAAAAAGAAGAAAGACGACACUGAUAGCUCGACAUUUCGCAGGAAGUCAUUCAAACAGCCAGAGCUGAUGAGGGUUGCGAUCACUUUACUUCAGUAAGCUCCCCUAAAGCAUACCAAUCUUCACGGCAUAGUUCAGGGAGAACAUAUCCUACUAAAUAUGAGGAUAUAUCACCUCCAUCGUCGCCAGCAUCUGGGACAGGCAAAUGCCAUCAACUGUUUAGAGCCCGGUAUUCUUUCAACGCAAUGCAGAUACCAUUAGGUCGACGGAGAAAAUCACUAUCCGAUGGCGCUUCGAACUACUCAUCAAUUCCAUCGUCAACUGAAUCGCCGAGUUCGCCAGCACCACUGAGUUUAUCAUCCCCGUCCGUGACGCCUGUUACUGUUCAAAGGCGUCGCGAUAUAGGGUCACUGUUAAUGUCACUUAUAUACAUAUACGAUAUGCUUGGCCUAAACAAAAAAUAGAACUGUUUGUACAGAAAUAAUGACGAUGUGAACUUUAAGUGCAGUUAAUACUACAGCAACAGAAAACACGGUUUUAAAAAUUGUUUGUUUUAAGUUGUAAUUUGUCAACGAUUUACUGUUGAUGUGAAAGAAUAACAUAUUGUAAUACAAUGAGGUUUAAUGACGUUUGCAUAAAGCUUAUAUGAGUGGUUCUAUUUCUGUUUUCUUAUCUCCACAUACCAUACACAUUUUUUGUGUUCUAAUUAAAGGUACCUGAUUCGAUACAUGUACAAAUGCGCAGCUUUUUACUGGAUGUAAUAUGUGUUAAUGUUUUCUUCUCAGUACUUGACAGAUCCUCUUAUUGUUCAUUCUAUUUUGUCUGAUUUUAAACCCAUCGGAAGUAUGCGCGUUUAUUUAUAAAGCGACAUACUUCUGGACUUUUAUAAGUAUUUAUUUGAACAUUUUUUAAUUUCAUUUAUUGAUUCGAACUUUUACUCUUAUGGUAUUUAAUUGUACAUUUGUUUAUAAUUGAUUUGGAUACGACAAGGUAAAUUAAACAUACAAUGAUUGCCUUUGAUUUUGAUUUGCAAUAAAAUCUUGACUUUAAAGAUUAUACAUUUUAUUUAGUUGUC